AUGGUCUCUCCCGCCGUUAUGCAGUUGACGUCGCUGUCGCGCAGGUCGCUCUCGACACGAUCGCAGUUCAUUGCUCGUUCCUCGCGUCCUCUGCGAUCUGGUAAUUUCUCGCGCCAGCCUGUUCAGCGCACCUUCCGCCGUUCCUACGCCGACGCGGCCCCUGCCCCGAAGCCCAAGAAGCGAUUCAGAUUCCUGCGAUGGACCUGGCGUCUGACCUGGCUCUCCGGUGUCGGUCUCGCCGGUGCGCUUGUUUACAGCAUCUACGAGCAGCGUCAUCCUAUCGAGCAGAUCAAUCCUAGUCCGGACAAGAAGACUCUUGUUAUCCUCGGUACCGGAUGGGGUUCCGUUUCUCUUCUGAAGAAACUUGAUACUGAGAACUACAAUGUCGUGGUCAUCUCGCCCCGCAACUACUUCCUUUUCACCCCUCUCCUGCCAUCCUGCACUACUGGCCAGGUCGAGCAUCGCUCGAUCAUGGAGCCCAUCCGUAACAUCCUCCGCCAAAAGAAGGCCCAUGUGAAGUUCUACGAAGCAGAAGCCACCAAGAUCGACUACGAGAAGCGCGUUGUUUAUAUCAGUGAUGACUCUGAGAUCAAGGGUGACAUCUCUCACACCGAGGUUCCUUUUGACAUGCUCGUCGUCGGUGUCGGAGCCGAAAACGCGACUUUCGGUAUCCCAGGUGUCAGAGAGAACUCCUGCUUCCUGAAGGAAGUCGGUGACGCUCAGAAGAUUCGCAAGCGUAUCAUGGACUGCGUCGAGACCGCCAUGUUCAAGGAUCAACCCGAGGAAGAGGUCAAGCGACUGUUGCACAUGGUCGUCGUCGGUGGUGGUCCUACCGGUGUUGAAUUUGCCGGUGAGCUGCAGGACUUCUUCAACGAGGAUCUGAAAAAGUGGAUCCCUGAGAUCAAGGACAACUUCCACGUCACCCUGGUCGAAGCUCUGCCCAAUGUUCUUCCCAUGUUCUCCAAGCAGCUGAUCGAUUACACGGAAUCGACCUUCAAGGAGGAAGAGAUCACUAUCCGUACCAAGACCAUGGUCAAGAAGGUCACUGAUAAGUACAUCGAGGCCGAGGUCACUAACCCCGAUGGAAGCAAGAAUCUGGAAACGAUCCCCUACGGCCUGCUGGUUUGGGCCACUGGUAAUGCCGUGCGUAACGUUGUCCGCGACCUGAUGAACCAGAUUCCCGCCCAGAAGAACUCGCGCCGUGGUCUGGCUGUGAACGAGUAUCUCGUCGUCAAUGGUGCGGAGAACAUCUGGGCUGUCGGUGACUGUGCCGUCACCAACUACGCUCCCACUGCCCAGGUUGCCGGUCAGGAGGGUGCCUUCCUGGCUCGUCUCUUCAACACCAUGGCCAAGACCGAGACUGUCGAGAAGGAGUUGCAGAGACUCUCCGAAGCCCAGGCUCAAGCUAAGAACGAGGAGGAGCGCAACCAGAUCUUUGACGAGAUCCGCGAAUGCCAAAAGCAGCUGCGCAGAAACAAGCAGAUUGGUCCCUUCCAGUACUCCCACCAGGGAAGUCUGGCUUACAUUGGAAAGGAGCGUGCAGUUGCGGACAUCAGCUGGCUGAGCGGCAACAUUGCAAGCGGUGGAACAGUGACCUACCUUUUCUGGCGUAGUGCCUACCUGAGCAUGUGCUUCAGCACACGUAACCGUGUUCUGGUCGCUGCUGACUGGAUCAAGGCCAAGCUCUUUGGUCGUGACGUCUCCCGGGAGUAA